GACCUGUCCUCCGAGCAGGGGUCAACACAGGUACUACCUUUGUGGAGAACAAGAAGGCUCAGCUGGUGGUGAUUGCCCAUGAUGUAGACCCCAUUGAGCUGGUGGUUUCCCUGCCUGCCCUGUGUCGAAAGAUGGGAGUGCCCUACUGCAUCAUCAAGGGAAAGGCCAGGCUGGGGUGCCUGGUCCACAGGAAGACGUGCACCACCGCUGCCUUCACACAGGUUAACUCGGAAGACAAGGGUGCUCUGGCUAAGCUGGUGGAAGCUCUUAGGACCAAUUAUAAUGACAGAUAUGACGAGAUCCGUUCCCACUGGGGAGACAACGUCCUGGGUCCUAAGUCUGUGGCUUGCAUUGCCAAGCUGGAAAAGGCAAAGGCUAAAGAACUCGCCACUAAACUGGGUAAAAUGUACACUUAAGUUUUCUGUACAUAAAUAUAAUUACAAAAUUUAAAAAAAUUAUUUACAUGCACUCGGAGUGUGCGCGCACGCAUGGGAGUGUGUGUGAAUGUACCUUGAGGGCAGCCCCUCAGUUUCCCUUUGCUUUCGGGUUUCAUUCUCUUGUGCUGGCUAAUUCCUGAGUGGCCAACAGUUUUCAGAACCACACAUAGCCAAGCUAUGCAGCAAAAGAGUAGAAAAUCCUGCUGUGAAUCCCGAAUUAAAAAAAUUCCAGGAAGGAGUUUUGCUUGUCUUUCUUGCCUUGGAUUCAGUACCUGGGGCAGGCAGGGGUUUGUGGGGUCAGGGCUCAGGCAGGAUGUGUAAGGUGAAAGCUUCCAGUCAAACCACCGGACGACAGACAUGAAGCAAACAGUGCUGACCUAGACAGACGGAUGAAUAGUGGCUGUCUACGAGUCUUACCUUGCACAGUCGUUUGAGAGAUAAAGUAAGCAUAUGUAUCUCACUGAUCACCGAGUGCUCAAUGUGACACAGAUACUGCUGCACACAGCAGCACGCUGCCAAUCUCUCCCUCCUUCACCAUGACACCACUCGCCUCAUGGUGCCUUUGUACCUUGCUAUGGAGAUAAAGAUAUGCUCUCGAAUGCACGCGCCCCAGUGGGAACAGCCUGUCCACUUCAGAUGUUCAACAUCUGCAAGAGGCUCUACGCUGCUCACUCUUCCUGGACAGAGCACGCUGUCUGCUUCUCCUGGGCCUUGCCCUAUUCGCCUCAGAGCCCCAGGUCACCACCACCACUUUGCAAAUCCUUCACAGCACACCCACAGCUCUGCACUGCAGCCUCCUUGGCUCUCCCAGAAGCCUGUUCUUUAUUCCCCCUACCC